UCCCACUUCGGCAACUUUUUAUCGCAAUGAAGGCGUCACAAACGUGGAGAAUGCACCACAGCAGCACCAGAGGAAGAAGAUUGAGCUCAGGCCUGGAGGCACCAGGCAGGGGAAUAACCAAAUUGAUCUUCCUCGUCGACGAGACCGAAGCGAGCGAACUCGGCACGUCCUCUUUGCAGUACUGGCAUUGAUGGGAGGGCUUGCUCCUCUCGAUAACUCCCUUUUCCCAUCCGUACCUCCUAUCAACACCUCUUCAGCAUUUAGAAGUAGCAUUGUCAGCAUCAUCUCACCUCACAGUAGCGAGCGAUUCGCACUCUGCUUCCUCCUUCCAUCGUGGUCCGGAGCGCUCCUUCAUAUCAAGCUGAUAUGGCCACAGCCUUCCUCGAUUCCUCGCUGCGAAAGCUUCUCUUUCCCUACCUUGAAGGUGCGGAUCAUGAAGACCCUUCCAAACCCACACACUGGAUGUCGAGCUUAGCAGCAGAAGCGCUCGGCCUCGAUCCUUCAACCUCUUCGUCCUCUCUAUCUUCUGCCUCCUCCUCGUCAUCGUCCAGUAGAAGCAGAGCUGCUAGGCCUCAUGGCAAAGGCUCCACAGCGCUCUACACCUCCUCUUCCACCCACAACACCGCUACGUCAUCCUCCCGCACUUGCGAUGAUCUGGAUCAGAUGAAGGCCGUGCCAUGGGCUAGCAUGUACCUGAACCAGUACGACGAAGGGGAACAGUCGAGCAGUGACGAAGAGGACAAUGUCUUUGCGGCUGCCCCGUCCACGAAACCUUGGGCCUCAAGGCAAUCCCCCCAAGACACAGUCCAGCGACGAGCGACGCUUCCUUUGCACUUCCCAGCCCGUAGGCAGGCCUCAUCAUCUUCCUCCCAGAUGCUUGCUCCUACCCACCAUGCUCUCACUGCACGGGCCGACGCAGAUCCAGUCUCUUCAACAGCAGACAAACCGAAACGUAUUCGAGGGCUCUCCGCCCCAACACCGCUGACACCUGCUCAGCCUUUGAAUCACGUCAACACUUCCUUACCAGUGCGUAUCCCACCGCCGAGGAUCUGCCUGCAGGGCUCAGCAGAAGCAACUUCUCUGCUUCCCAUCAGUCGUCGCCAAAGUCGAUCCGAUCGGGAUGGCUGGCCGCAAGAGGGCGAGCUUACACCGUCCUCGUCCAGUAGCAGCCUCGUACAGUCCGGUGAAAGCGAUGGAUCUUUCUAUGGCGAUGCUGGGGAUGACGAUCCCGAAUCUCAGCUUGCAGCUGGGAUCGCUCGACUGAAAGCCAAGAGGAGGCUGGAAGAGGCCACCCAGACCGCACAUGCCAAGACACAAUACGAGAAGGUGUCAAAGGCCGAGGACAUCACCAUCGUCACCACGGAAGAUGUCACCAAUGAAGACACGGACGCUUCGGAUCUUUCGGCCUCCCGACUUAUCGCCGACAAUUGUGGUUUCAUAGAGACUUUGGCCGACAUCGUCUUGGAACUCAAGAUCCGACGCUCUGGCUCGUUUCGAGGUCGAGCGACCUCUGCAUUAGACGUCCCCUCGCUAGCGUCUGACCGCCUGCAUCCAACGGGGUUGCCCCGCAGCCAGUCCCUCGAUGCACUCGCCGAAGGCGAGCUUUCGCAGCGCAUGGGGGCUCGCCCUAAGUUUGGACCCGAAGGAGUAUCAACCCCGGCUUCACUCUCGAAGGAGGUGAGGCAGUGGUCGCAAGGCCGACGAUCGAGCGGUUCUCGACACACCUCUCCGCUGUUGACAUCGAGGUCUCCGUCGCCAACUCCUCUUCCUCCUCCUGCUAAUAAACAGGGGACGUCAGCGAAGAGUCUGUUUGGUGCCAUGUCCCUCGUACACGCAUUGCUCAACCAAUCUGCUGCGUAUAGAUACUGUGCAAGUAUAGCUGAAGGUACCUCGGAAGAGGAAGAAGAGCAGAAGCAGCAAAGUGCCUACCUAUCGAAUGAUGCCGAUGGAGAGGGCGACUCCGCCACGAGUCCGGAUUCAGAUGCUAUCGACUUGGGGACCGGCGACAUAGACACCACGGCCUACAGUUCCCUUUGGGCCACGCCGGUGCCAUCGCGCUCCAGCUCCUCGUACAAUCUCCAGCUGCUCGGCGACGAACGAAGCGCUUUCGAACAGGAUGAUUGGGCCAUUCCCUCGCCUGCUAGGCCGCAGUACCUUCCGUCAACCCGCGUUACGAAGGCGUCAUACAAUGCCACUCGCCAAGGGCCGCCCUCAAAGCAGCGUGUGAGCCCGCUGUGGGCUGCCACGGGCGAGGAUGACUUUGGGACAGAUCUUCUCGAUGACGCAGGCGCACAGCGUCCAACUUACCAACGCUCUUGGAGUAGUUUCCUCGGAAUGUCCGUCUGAUGUGGCGGCGACUCUCACGCACCUACCACUGUAUCAAUAUACCUAGCCGCACUUCUCCACGCUACAGCCCCAUACUCUGUUUCGCCUGACGACCAUUGCGCCAUGUGUAGAUUCCUGCAUUGCUUACUUUAUCCGUUGUUCAGCCACCCUUGAUAGAUCGAAUCGUACCACUUCAUUGCUUGUUUGAAUGAGAAUCUCUUCUAGACCGAUUCCCACGCUCAA